GGCCAGGUGGAGGCGCUGCAAGACAGGUCUGGGCAGGGCGGGGCGGUGGCCCUCCCGUGCUGUCUCUCGCACAGGACUCUGCCCGGGCCUGGGCGGCGGCUGCAGCCUGGAGGGCGACGUGGAAAGGCCACGUGGAGCCGCCCGGGGGAGGGCCGGCUGCGGGCAGCCAGGCGAGAGCGGCGCGGUGCUUACAGUGCGCACGAAGCAGGAGCCCCAGUAGCGCGCAGCGCCACCGCAGCAGCUCCAGUGUCCAGAAGGAUGUUCCAUUGGCUGAUGCAAGUGUUGAUGCUGCCACUGUUGCUGCUACCUUUAGGUCACACUGCUCCCAAGGAUGGAGCCGCAAGGCUGGACCCUGAAGUUCAACAGCAGCUCACGCCCAACCCCUUCGAGCCAGGCCCUGACCAGCUCCAACGGCUGCGGAAUUACCUCAAGGGACUAGAGAAGAUGGAAGAGGACCCAGAGCAAAUGGACCGGGAGCGCGUCCUGCUCUACCUCUUCGCUCUUCACGACUAUGACCAGAAUGGACAGCUGGAUGGCCUGGAGCUGUUGUCCAUGCUGACGGCAGCUCUGGCCCCUGAAGCUGCACACUUUCCCAUCAACCCGGUUAUCCUGGUAGUGGACCAGGUGCUUGAGACCCAGGACCUGGAUGGAGAUGGGCUCAUGACUCCUGCAGAGCUAAUCAACUUCCCAGGAGAAGCCCCCAAGCACAUGGAGUCCCUUCCCCCAGGUCUCCAGGAGCCACAACCUGCUGGAAGGCCACUGCAUUUAGCUAACAGUCCACUGCAGCCAGAACCCCAGCAAUUCCUGGAGACUAGAGAAGAAACUAGGGGCCAGGUGGAGGCCAAAAGGGAGUCUUUGGAAGCUGUACAGGAGGCUGGACAUCAGACAGGGGCUAAAGUAGAUAGCCUCAAUCAUGAAGGGGAGACUAGGAGACAGGCGGAGGCUGAAGGAGAAGUUCCAGGUCCCAGAGAGGAUGCUGAGGGGCAGGGCGGGAGCAAGGGCAAUGAAGGGGAAGCCAAAGAAAUGCCAGUGGAAACAUCAGAUACCAUAAACACCCCAAAUGCGGUUGAGGCUCACAGUAUUCAACUGGAGAAUGAUGAGAUAUAAACUAAACAACACAGGCUCCUGUCCCUUAAAAUCUCAGCGCAGAGCAGAAGCGUGAAGUGGGGCAUACACGCUGGGAAAAGAGUCACCUUUGACACGGGUACGGUGGCACAAGCUAGUAAUCCUAGAGCUUGGAAGACAAUAGCAGAAGGAUUGAGGGCUCCAGGCUAGCCCAGGCGACAUAGCUAGCUGGGCUGAUUAAUAAAACCCUGUCUUGAUGAGAAAAAAAAAAGCAUUUCCUUUCUGGCCUCAGGAGGAAGCAGGACUUUCUGUGUGGCUCGGGGAGACCUAAGUUGAGAGGCAGCUUUCAGGCCCCAAACAACCAAUAAAGAACAGAAUGAAUUCA